AUGUUCCACAAGACCAGCUCAGUCGAACAUGAUUUGUACAAGGAAGAGGUUGUGCUUGGACUAGAACCAGGUCCUCCACUGUUGAACGAUGCUCUUUUGGUUCGAGUGCCGCAUGACGAUAUUUCUAGCUCAUGCGAGGGCAACGAAUCGACCGUAUAUUCCAAUGCAGUGUGCACCUCUCUUAACUUGUCGAAUUUUCAUUCGUCUGACUUGGACGUCUCUAUUAUUGAGGGUGAUGGAGGGCGCCUCAUGCGUCGUCGUGAAAUAUUCAGACCUAGGCAUGGCGAAGCAGAUGAGGAGUAUGAACACACGGAGGACUUCAGUGUACUUAGGGGUGGUGAUGCAGAUGAGCAGUAUGAACCAGCGGAGGACUUGAAUGAACCUGGGCGUGGAGAUGCAGAUGAGGGGAAUGAACAAGCGGAGGACUUGGAUGAACCUGGGCGUGGAGAUGCAGAUGAGGAGCACGAACAGACGGACGACUUGGAUGUAACCCAAUCAGAAGAAGGGCACUAG